AUGUCUGAAUCAAGAAUUCGUCAGAACUUCGCAGCGGAAUGUGAGGCCAUGCUGAACAAGCAGAUCAGCCUGGAACUGCACGCCAGUUACAUCUACCAGUCUAUGGCCACCUACUUCCACAGGGAUGACAUUGCACUGAAAGGAUUUCAAGAAUAUUUCCACAAGAGAUCCGAGGAUAAGAAGGAGCAUUCUGAAAGAAUUAUGAAGUACAUCACUAAGAGGGGUGGGUUUGUGCAUCUUCAAGAUAUUCAGAAACCUUCAGAGGAUAACUGGGGAACGGGACUGCAAGCAUUCGAGGCAGCCCUUCAACUAGAGAAGUCAGUGAACCAAAGUUUGUUGGACAUUCACAAGGUGGCUUCCAAAUUUUCUGACCCACAUUUGACUCACUACUUGGAAGAUGAAUGCUGCGAGAAACAAGUCGAACUACUCUACCAAAUGUCCUGCCACAUCACGAAUCUUAAGAGAGUUGGACCGGGUCUCGGUGAAUACAUGUUCAAUAAGGAAUCGCUCGAUUAA